AGUGUUUAUAUUUCUGUUGGUGUGGGAGGAGUGGCCCUAUGAUUCACUCGGAUCAGAUUCCAGCUCUGCUCGCCGACCUGCAGGACAUGAUCAUAGAGAGCACGCUGGUCAAAUGUGCCGCCACCGACCUGGGCAUCCAGUGGGCCGGCUGGGCUCUGGCUGCAGCCUUCAGAACCGAGAAGUUUUAUGAUUUGGCAGGAUCUGGCACAUUUAUACUACUUGCCCACCUGAGUCGUGUCUGGGGAGGAGCCAGUCAUGUCCGCCAGAAGGUGCAGACUGGGUUGGUGACAGCAUGGGGACUACGGCUGGGGACAUUCCUCUUCAUGCGGAUCUUGAAGGACGGUCAUGAUCGCAGGUUCAACAAUGUCAGAGACAGCCCGGGGACUUUCUUUAUAUAUUGGACCGUUCAAGCCAUGUGGGUAUUCAUGACCCUCCUGCCCACCCUCAUGCUGAAUAGUGAGAAACGGGACGCGCCUCUGGGAACGAGGGACUACAUCGGCUGGACUGUAUGGGGCCUCGGCUUUGCUACUGAAGCUAUUGCUGACCAACAGAAGUGGCUUUUCAAGCGUGACCCAGAGAAUACUGGGAAAUUCAUCCAGAGUGGACUAUGGGCUUACAGCAGACACCCAAACUAUUUUGGGGAGAUCCUGCAGUGGUCGGGGCUCUGGCUCUCAGCCUCGUCAGUGAUGGAGGGGCCCCAGUACCUGAGUGUGGCGUCGCCUCUCUUCCUCUGGUUCCUGCUACGUUUCGUCAGCGGCAUCCCCAUCCUGGAGAAGCAGGCCCUGAGGAAGUGGGGCUCUGACCCAGGCUUCCAGGACUACAUCAAGAACACUCCACUUCUGUGGCCAUGGCCUAAAUGUUGACGUUCAAUUUUUUUCAAUUGCUGUACCAAUAAAUGCCUCAACAGAA